UCGCAAACUUUUCGAUUAGUAUAGCCAGUGCUGCAAUUUCGUGACUGGUGACUGACAAACCAACAGCUAUAUCGAAAGCAUUCGCUCAUCUCUAUCCGUGUGUGAAGAAAAAAAAGCAGAACCCGAAACAUGUUGCGCAUCACAGCUGGUAAACUUGCCAACGCUUUGCGCGGUACCGUGAGUGGCACAUCGCGCGUCGCCGCCGUGCGCUGCCUCCAUGGCACUGAGGAAUCGGCCGAAGAGUUCGACAAACGCUACGAGAAAUACUUCAGCCGUGAAGGCAUUGAUGGCUGGGAGAUCCGCAAAGGCAUGAACGAUUUGCUUGGCAUGGAUUUGGUGCCCAGCCCCAAGAUCAUUGAGGCUGGUCUUCGUGCCGCGCGCCGUGUCAACGACAUUGCUUUGGCCAUCAGGUGGCUGGAAGGCUGCAAAGACAAGUGCGGAGACCACCAGGCUACGCUAUAUCCCUUCUUGCUGGAGAAGAUCAGCCCCACCCUUAAGGAGCUGGGCGUACCAACCAUUGAAGAGCUUGGCUAUGACAAGCCCGAAUUGGCUUUGAAGUCGGUAUACGACCUCUAAAUUGGAGUGCUUUAAUCGUUUUCCUUUAGUUUAAUUAAACACACACACACACAAAGCAGACACGCAAAUAACAUAAAUAUCCACACAUGUAUGGUGCGGAUGAACAUGUCAUUGGAUUGCAAAUAAAAAGGAGAUUGGAGUAAGGCUACAAUACA